GAAUCCCUUUUAGUGAUUUUAACCACGGGGAGGGGCCAAUGAAUUUCUCACUCCAUCCCGCACCAAUACUUUUAUAAACCCUUUGAAAUCAUUUUGGAUAAGUUGGAAAGGGCAGUGAGAGAGAGACAGUGUGUUUCUCUCACUAAACCUCAUGGCUGCUUCUUCUCUAUACCUCAGCUUUCCUCCCAUUCAGCUCUGCAACUCUACGAACUCGUCAAACCCUAACCCUAAAGCUACCCUAAGCUCAAACCCCUGCAAUCUCUCUCUAAAAUUAUCUUUGUUUUCUUCCCGUUCUCUCUAUCGUCCAAGACAUUUGCACAAGGUUUGUGCAGCUCCAGAGCUCCUUGACGAAGAGGAAACCCUAGAACCAGUUCCAGAGGAAGAUGCAGGACGUGAAUCAACUGUUUUAGAGGUUGGCUCUGAUAUCUCAGUUCCUUCUCCAAUGGCGAUAAGUGCAGAUGCUGAUAAGAUGGCACCAAAACAAAAGAUAAGAAUCAAGCUUCGGUCUUAUUGGGUUCCCUUAAUUGAGGACUCAUGCAAACAAAUAAUGGAUGCUGCUAAGACAACCAAUGCGAAGACCAUGGGACCUGUUCCUCUCCCCACAAAGAAGAGAAUUUAUUGUGUUCUCAAAUCUCCACAUGUUCACAAAGAUGCUCGCUUCCAUUUUGAGAUCAGAACACACCACCGUCUCAUUGAUAUACUCUAUCCAACUGCUCAGACCAUCGAUUCUUUAAUGCAACUUGAUCUCCCAGCUGGGGUUGAUGUAGAGGUAAAGCUUUGAUUAUUAAUUUUUCUUAGAAGUUACUCAGAUUAUAUAGUCACUGUAGCGUUCUUGUAAACUAUUUGAUCACCCUAGUGCAGGAAGAUAAUUUUACUCGAGGAUAUUAUGGUUUCACAAUA